AUUGUUUACUUGAAAUCUUCUGAAACUCUCUGCAGCGAAGCACUUUAGCUUGAAGAACAAAGCACCAGACCACACAGACUACAGUUACACAUCAACUUCAGGUAUACUGGAUUCGUUUAGAGGACUUAGGGACCCAUGAGGUAACCAGGGCAUAGAGGGAGAAGAAGAGGGGGUUAUAUCUGUAGAGCCUAUCACGAUGAUAGUGCCGCCGGCGUUGCAGGACUUGCCGGAAACAAUGACGCCUGGGAGCAGCACUAGUUCCGACACUAGGGAUAACGGUGGCGACCACCACAGUUCACCGACGAUCACGAGCAAGUUGAGCAACCUACAAAAGGUGCCAAAGGAUCUGCCCGCUGGAUUCAGGUUCAGGGCGGCACUGCAUCAUGAAGUAGCAGACAGUGCGCCCACAAUAAGUGGGUACAAGAAAUUGGAGGAUAUGGUGAGGGCGUACCACAUUCCCCUGACCAUAUUGCUACGAACUGGCGCACCUAAUGAGAGGGCUUGCACGGUGUCACAGACGGGCUGGAUACCAGUGUAUGUGGAUCACUUUGACGCCGGCCUGCGGUUUCCCCUGCCCGGAUUGGUGUUCGACCUGCUGGCGGAUUACGAGCUGGCACUAACACAGCUGAUGCCCAACAGUAUAAGGUCGCUGUUUCAAUGCCGGCUAUGUCCCAACUCUAGAGGCGCAAAGUGGUAUUACCUCUCCGGAAGAGAGAAGAGCCAGCUGUUCAAAAACAUAAGGAACAAAGUGGCGAGGUGGAAGAGGCAGUUCAUCUUCGUUCAUGAUACACGGACAGAACGAAUAAACAACGACCUCGCUGGUCGGCUAUCCGAAUGGCGUGUGCCCAAUGCACACGUCAAUUAUCCCCAGCUGUUGCCUCGGGACACAGAUAUAAAAAAUUGGCUGCUGGAAUACGCAAGGGGGGAAAACUUGAUAAACCUGGACGCCCUGGUUACCUCGGAGCAGCUCGCUGUGUUCGGGUUUGUCGACGUGGCAAACCUGUUCAUUGAAGGUAUUUUGAAUUCUAGCCGAGCUGAGUCUUAUGUAUUUGUUUGUGCAGGAGAAAUGAGCAGCAUUCUCGAACGCCAACGUCAACGAGCCCAAGGCUCACGAGGUUGCGGAGUGGGCAGCACCUCGCAUAGACAGACACGGUUUGACAAGCGACCACCCCCAGCACCACUAUCACGCAGCUCGUCACACCGUGGAUCGAGCUCGGCGUCCAGGCCUCGCGCCGAUCAACGGGCUGACACUGCAGCCCCUAGUGCACGGCGGCGGGCGCGCGAGGAGACGGACAGCAAAGAUGACGUCCCCCUCCACGACGCAGAACAAGUGGUGGGACUCAGCCGGCACAAGCGGCUUAACUGGCGGCAGCGCGCUCAUCAAACACGCCUUCUGCCACGGCACGAGCAGCAGCAGAGCCUGCAUCUGCCUCGGCCUCAGUGGCAUGCACAGCUUCGUGCCACCGGUGGAUCGGCAACGGGCAAAGAGCUACGUGCAACAGCAUGGCGGGCAGGUCGCCAUGAUCAAGCUAAUGGACGCGUUCAGCUACGUGAAAAAGCUAGCCUUGUGGACGAUGUCAACCGUCUGCAAGGCUCUGAAAUGGCCAACCGAGCAGCUGCAGCGGAGAGUAGAGCAGAAGAGCUCGCAAAUAAGAUUGAUGAGCUCAGGGAGGAGCUAAAGCGAGCCCGUGCCGAAAGAGAAGGCGGGAUUCAAGCGGCAAAGGAGGAGGCCGCCCGGGUUGAAGAACGGGCUAAGAGGGCUGAGGCCGAAAGGGACCGUGCUCAGAACGAGCUGGGUUCCCUAAGGUUCCAGGUCGCUGAGGCUGACAAGAACCUCAGCGUUACCGAAGAGGCGCUGAACAAAUUGAAGGCAUCCCAUGCGCGCUCUGUUGGUAUUGCUCGAGCUCAAGGGGCAGAGUGGCUGGUCGGCUCGUCCACGUUCCAAGACGCAGUGGCGGUGGCGUCUGCUAACAUGACCACUGAGAUCUACAACGAGAUCCAUGGUAAGGUGCUGCACCACCGCCCGGACUUCCCCAUCCGCGAGCUAGCGUUCUUCGAUGGGGAAGAUAUUGACGAGCAGGGUAAGAGCCUUGCUCCCCCGGCUGACACAACGGUGCGGUUGAGAUGGGAUCUCAACGAGGAGGGAGUUCCUGUCUGGCCUCCCUCAGAGCCAUCCAGCACUCCACCAAACUCUCAGCCCGCCGUGGUGCCAGCUCGGUCACUCGUUAUUACACAAGCUCUGGAGGUCGCUGCUCGCUCGCCACCAGCUCGCUCCUCUUCGCUUGUAGCUGACGCGUCCAUGCCCGUCGAUUUGACGGAUGACUAGACUUAGGACUUUUUUUUUUUUUUGUUCCUUUGUAUUUUUUGUUUCUUUUCACAAACAAUUGUAUCGCGAUCUUGUACUGAAAUGUGUAAUUGUUUUGAAAAGAAAUACAAAAUUGAAAAUUAUAUCGAACUGUUCUUCUUUGUUGUAUUGCAUGUGCAGUUUACAUUUUCACGAACAAAUUUGUUAAUAACACAUACAUUAAUUG